AACCAACAGUCACAAUCUCCAACAUGGCUGCCUCCUCCACAGGUGAUCCCAGGAUAACUACCAAGUCAGAACAAGAUGCCAACAGUUCUGCGCAAGGCCAGCAUGCGGCCAACACUGAAGUCAACAAUGUAUUGCCAGAAACGAACCCAAACGCGAUGCACGGUUUUAAGCUCUUUGCCAUUUUUGUAGGCAUAUGCUUCGGCGCGUUUCUGAUGUCAUUGGAUAUUUUCAUCAUCGCAACUGCCAUUCCAUCCAUUACAGCCGACUUCCAUGAUACCGCCCAACUGGCCUGGUAUCCAGCUGCGUACUCGCUCACAACAUGCGCAUUGACUCCGUUGGCAGGCAAGUUGAGCUCAAUGUUUCCGCUCCGCUGGAUCUACGUAUCAUUCUUCUCUAUAUUCCUGCUUGGCAGCCUCGUGUGUGGCUUUGCGCCAAACAGCAACACCUUCAUCGCGGGCCGUGCAAUCGCAGGUAUCGGGGCAUCCGGUGUCGCAAGUGGCGGCUUCGUUAUCGUCCUGACUGUAUCCCCCGAAAAGUCAAAGCCAGUGCUGCUCGGAAUAUGCAGCAGUUGCUUCGCCAUGGGCCUUAUCCUAGCACCCGUCAUUGGUGGAGCAUUUACGCAAUAUGCUACUUGGCGGUGGUGUUUCUGGGUUAAUCUUCCUCCAGGUGCUCUGACAUUGCUGGCGAUGCUGUGCUUUUUCAGGCCCCCGUCCAUACAGCGCGACCGGACUGCUGUCCAACGGAUCAUUGACUUGGAUCUUAUUGGUUGUGCCAUUUUCAUUCCGGGUAUCUUCAUGCUUCUUCUUGCUAUGAUGUGGGGCGGUACAAAAGAGUCAUGGGACUCAGCGACGACCAUUGGUCUGUUCGUAGGAUCUGCUGUCAUGCUUAUCAUCUUUGUUUCCUGGGAAGGCUACAAGGGUGAAGACGCAAUGAUACCGGGAAAUAUCGUUGCCAGACGAACCAUCACCUUCAGUGUCGUGUUCUCAUUUUUUCAUUUCGGCUCUGUCGGUAUUAUGAAUUACUAUCUUCCUGAGUGGUUCCAGGUAGUGGAAGGCGCCAGUCCGUUGGAAAGUGGCACGCGAACUCUGGCUUCAGUGCUCGCUCAAAUAGUCGGGACCCUUUCUGCUGGAUUUCUAGCACGCAAAAUACACUACUACAAUCCUUGGCUGUACAUCGGCCCCCUCUUCAUGUGCACUGCAGCAGCACUAUACACACACUUCUCGACCUUUCACACUCCUUCCAGCCACUGGAUCGGCUUUCAAGUCAUUCAGGGUCUUGGUGUCGGCAUGGCACAGCAAAUGCCAUCGCUCAUCAUCCAGCAUUCCGUGCGCGACAAACCAGAGCUCAUGCCGGCCGCGAUAUCUCUGAACCUAUUCUUCCAGUACUUAGGGGCCACUAUCACGCAAUCCCUUGGCGGUAUCGUAUUUCGCUCAAUCCUACUCCCGGAAUUGGCAGACCAUGCUGGUUUGAAUGCUGAUCAAAUUGCGCUGGUGUCCGCUGCUGGAAUGGCGGAUGUACGUGAUACCGUUGACGAAUAUUUUCCCAAUCUGUUAGGUCUCGUUUUGGAAGCUUAUAAUAAGGCUAUUACUUCAACUUUUUAUGUUGCUGUUGGGACUACAGCUGCAGCGUUCUGCUUGGCUUUUGGGGUGAAGUGGGAGAGAAUUACUGAGAAAGCGACAAAUGGUCCGGAAGAGGCCGUAGCUGAAGAGAAGUAGAUCUUUCUACUUUGUAUGUGUGGAGGGUGUGUAGAAGAUGUGUAUAUUUCGAAGAUUAUAUAUUAUGCUCACAGAAGUCUCAUCUCAUCUCUCACUUGUGUUUGUCCACAGGUAUCACUGACUACUACUCCACCAAGGGUGGAGAUCACACAGAACUUGAAGCUGCUACUAAAUGCGUGCCGCAUUUCGGGAUGCCGUAUUUUUUAUUAAAAAAAUGGGAAGUAGUUGAAGGCUAAUCUUGCCCGAGGCAACGAAUUUCCAGACGAUAAUUAGAUAUAUUUCCCAAUAUGCUAGAGCUCACUGUCAAGAGAGCAUAAGGCUACGCAAAGGCAUUAGUUACUUGAAUCUUGCUACGAGGCUGCCUAACCACCCGUUACGUGUGCCAGUCUUCCGGCGGAACAUACUGGAUCAUCGCGCCCGG